AUGGGAGCUUGCUUAUCAUGUUUGGGUGGCAGUAGGUCUGAGGACGAAUACGAUGAGACUACUUCACUACUAAGGAGAAACCAACAAGGAGGGUUUGAUCAGUUGCAAGAAGAGGAAUUGAUUAAGCAGCAACAAAGGCAGCAAGAGCUCAACAGUAUAGUUAACGACUUAUCAGAAAACUUGAUUGAUGUCACUUCAUUUCUAAACAAAGGUAAUAUGUCUGGGAUUCAAUCACAAUCGCAAUCACAACUACUCCAGCCCCAUUUGAAUAACAGCGAGGGCAAUUAUGAAUCAAACGUUGACAAAGUCGGAGAUGGAGGCGCAAGAACAUACCCAUAUGUUUACAGUCAAAGUGAUAAAGCAAAAGUGGUUGAACAAACAAAGAUAUUUCCCGAAAAUGUACGACAAGGGUGUACAAUCUCUGUCAAAGAGCCUCUAUAUUUAAAGUUUUAG